AUGAUGGGCACCAAGGCCUUCACGCUGGUGUCCGCCGUGGAGCGGGAGCUGCUGAUGGGCGACAAGGAGCGCGUCAGCAUCGAGUGCGUGGAGUGCUGCGGCAAGAACCUCUACGUGGGCACCAACGACUGCUCCAUCCACCACUUCCUGCUGGAGGAGCAGAGCCUGCCGGCCGGCACCGCCACCUUCACGGCCACCAAGCAGCUGCACCGGCACCUGGGCCUGCGCAAGCCGGUGAGCGAGCUGCGCGCCGCCUCGGCCCUGCACAGGCUGCUGGUGCUGUGCGACUGCUCCAUCUCCCUGGUGCACAUGCUGAGCCUGGAGCCCGUGCCCUCGGGCGCCCGCAUCAAGGGCGCCGUGGCCUUGGCCCUGAACGAGAACCCGGUGAGCGGGGACCCGUUCUGCGUGGAGGUCUGCACCAUCUCCGUGAAGCGCCGGACCAUCCAGGUGUUCCUGGUGUACGAGGACCGGGUCCAGAUCGUCCGCGAGGUGUCCACGCCGGAGCAGCCCCUGGCCGUGGCCGUGGACGGCCACUUCCUGUGCCUGGCCCUGACCACGCAGUACAUCAUCCUCAACUACAGCACGGGCGCCGCCCAGGACCUGUUUCCCUACUGCAGCGAGGAGAAGCGCCCCAUCGUCAAGCGGAUCGGGCGGCAGGAGUUCCUGCUGGCGGGCCCGGGAGGACUGGGCAUGUUUGCCACCGUGGCUGGGAUUUCUCGGCGGGCUCCUGUGCACUGGUCAGAGAACGUGAUCGGCGCGGCCGUCUGCUUCCCCUACGUCCUGGCGCUCGACGACGCCUUCAUCACGGUCCACAGCAUGCUAGACCAGCAGCAGAAGCAGACCCUGCCCUUCAAGGAAGGCCACAUCCUACAGGACUUCGAAGGAAGAGUGAUUGUCGCCACAAGUAAAGGAGUUUACAUCUUGGUUCCCUUACCUCUGGAAAAGCAAAUACAGGACCUUCUAGCAAGCCACCGAGUUGAGGAGGCGCUGGUUUUAGCAAAAGGAGCCCGGAGGAACAUUCCAAAGGAGAAAUUUCAGGGUAUGUACAGGAGGAUCCUGCAGCAGGCCGGCUUCAUCCGCUUCGCGCAUCUCCAGUUCCCGGAGGCCAAGGAGCUCUUCAGAAGCGGCCAGCUUGACGUCCGGGAGCUGAUCUCUCUGUGCCCCUUCCUGUUGCCCACCUCCUCUUCAUUCGCGCGGUCUCACCCUCCUCUCCACGAGUACGCAGACCUGAACCAGCUGGCACAGGGCGACCAGGAGAAGGCAGCCCAGUGCAAGCGCUUCCUCAUGAGCUACCUGGACGAAGUGCGCGGCACGGAGGCGGUGCGCAGCUACCGGGAGGACGUGGACACGGCCCUGCUCAAGCUGUACGCGGAGGCCGGCCACGCCAGCCUGCUGGGCCUGCUGGCCGGCGAGAACGCCUGCCUGCUGGCCGACAGCGCGGCCUGGCUGGAGAAGCACAAGCGGUAUUUUGCACUGGGACUGCUCUACCACCAUAAUAACCAGGACGCCGCUGCAGUUCAGCUGUGGGUGAGCAUCGUGAACGGGGAGCUGGACGACCCCACGCGCGCAGACCUGUACGACCACGUGGUGGACUUCCUCACCCGCAGCCGGGACCCCGAGCUGGUGUGGCAGCACGCUGACUGGGCCCUGCAGAAAAGUGAGGAGGUCGGAGUCCAGCUUUUCACCAAGAGGCCUUUGGAGGAGCAGCAGACCAGCUUCAGUCCAGACCACGUGCUCAGCCGCCUUAAGAAAUACCCCAGCGCCCUCGUCCGCUACCUGGAGCACCUGGUGAUGGACCGGAACCUGCAGAGGGAAGAGUACCACACGCGCCUGGCCCUGCUCUACCUGGACGCGGUGCUGCAGCGGACGCCCGGCGCCGAGGUGACGGAGACGCAGGCGAAGCUGCGCCGCCUGCUGCAGACGUCCGACCUGUAUCGAGUGCACUUCCUGAUGGAGCGGGUGCGGGGCGCGGACCUGCCCAUGGAGAGGGCCAUCCUGCACGGGAAGCUGGAGGAGCACGAGCAGGCGCUGCGCACGCUGGCGCUGGAGCUGCGGGACUUCGCCGCGGCCGAGGACUACUGCGCCUGGCGCUCGGCGGGCCGGGAGCCGGCCUACCGGCGGCGGCUCUUCCACACGCUGCUGGCCCUGUACCUGGGCCCCGGCCCCAGCGCUCCCGCCGCAGCCCCCGCCCCCGGCCCCGCAGAGCUAACCGUGGCCGCCGUGGACCUCCUGAACCGCCACGCCGCCGAGUUCGACGCCGCCCAGGUCCUGCAGCUGCUGCCGGGCUCCUGGUCGGUGCAGCUGCUCUGCCCGUUCCUGACGGGCGCCGUGCGGGACAGCACCCACGCCAGGAGGACCGCGCAGGUGGCGCUCGGCCUGGCCACGGCGGAGAACCUGAUCUAUCAGCACGACCAGGUGAGGGUGAAGAGGAGCUCCUUCCGGCUCUCGGACAAACAGCUGUGCCAGGUGUGCCGCCGUCCCUUCUGCGAGCCCGUGUUUGUCAGGUACCCGACCGGCGACCUCGUCCACACCCACUGUGCCGCCAGCAGACACUCGAACCCCAGCGCCCCCCGCCCUGGCACUCGGACUUGA